AUGGCUAGGGUUUCAUUGUCGCUGCUGGUGGCUAUGUUUGUGGUGCUUUGGUGGUGGGAGGUGAAGGCGGAGUACGUCAAGUACAAAGAUCCAAACCAACAGCCCGCCGCUCGAGUUGCGGACCUUGUUGCCAGAAUGACUCUCCAAGAGAAAAUCGGUCAGAUGGUGCAGAUUGACCGAAGUGUUGCCAAUUUCGACACCAUGAAAACCUACUUCAUUGGGAGUGUGUUGAGCGGCGGUGGUAGCGCACCGCUUCCAGAGGCCAGUGCCGAGGACUGGGUUAACAUGAUCAAUGGUUUCCAGAAGGGUUCUCUCGCUAGCCGUUUGGGCAUUCCAAUGAUUUAUGGCAUCGAUGCUGUUCAUGGACACAAUAAUGUCUACAAUGCUACAAUAUUUCCCCAUAAUAUUGGCCUUGGAGCUACCAGGGAUCCUGAACUGGCCAAAAGAAUUGGAUCUGCCACUGCUCUUGAAGUCCGAGCUACGGGGAUUCCUUAUGCUUUUGCUCCAUGCAUUGCUGUGUGUAGAGAUCCACGAUGGGGUCGCUGUUAUGAAAGCUACAGCGAGGAUCACAGAAUUGUUCAAGCAAUGACCGAAAUUAUCCCAGGAUUACAGGGAGAUAUUCCUGCUAAUUCUCGGAAAGGAUUUCCGUACGUCGGUGGAAAUAAAAAGGUUGCUGCUUGUGCAAAGCAUUUUGUGGGUGAUGGGGGGACAAUCAGGGGCAUCAAUGAGAACAACACCAUUACUGACCGACAUGAUUUGCUUAGCAUCCACAUGCCUGCUUAUUCUGAUUCGAUUAUCAAGGGUGUCUCCACAGUGAUGAUUUCUUACUCCAGUUGGAAUGGGGAGAAGAUGCAUGCGAACCGUGACUUAGUUACUGGCUUCCUUAAAGACACCCUUAAGUUUAAGGGUUUUGUUAUAUCAGACUGGGAAGGAAUUGAUAGAAUUACCUCGCCACCACAUUCAAACUACACAUAUUCUGUCCAAGCUUCAAUUCUUGCUGGAAUAGACAUGGUCAUGGUUCCUGUUAACUAUAAAGAGUUCAUUAAUGAUCUCACCUACCUGGUCAAGAACAAUGUUAUCCCAAUGGAUCGUAUUGAUGAUGCCGUUGGAAGGAUUCUGCUUGUUAAGUUUACCAUGGGUCUUUUCGAGAACCCCUUUGGUGAUCUCAGCCUAGUCAAUGAGCUUGGAAGCCAGGCUCAUAGAGAUUUGGCAAGGGAGGCUGUGAGAAAGUCACUUGUGCUUCUGAAGAAUGGGAAAAAUGGAACCAUUCCAGUCCUACCUCUUCCUAAGAAGGUGCCCAAAAUCUUGGUUGCUGGUAGUCAUGCUGAUAAUCUGGGUUACCAGUGUGGUGGAUGGACAAUGGCUUGGCAAGGAUUCAGUGGCAACAACAAAACAAGGGGAACCACCAUCCUCGGUGCUAUCAAAUCAACGGUUGAUUCAAGCACAGAAGUUGUCUAUCUUGAGAAUCCUGAUAGUGAUUCUGUUAAGUCCAACAACUUUGAAUAUGCCAUUGUUGUUGUUGGCGAGCACCCUUAUGCUGAGACUGAUGGAGACAGUAUGAACUUAACUAUGGCGGAUCCUGGCCCAAGUGUCAUCACCAGUGUGUGUGAAGCUGUCAAGUGCAUUGUUAUUAUAAUUUCUGGCAGACCUGUUGUGAUUGAACCGUAUGUUUCAUCAAUUGAUGCCCUGGUAGCAGCAUGGUUGCCAGGAACUGAAGGCCAAGGAAUUACUGAUGUCCUUUAUGGUGAGCAUGGAUUCAGUGGAAAGCUUCCGAGAACAUGGUUCAGAAGUGUAGAUCAGCUCCCGAUGAAUAUUGGGGAUCCACACUAUGAUCCUCUUUUCCCUUUUGGGUUUGGACUUGAAACUGAGUCAGUUAAGGAGCUCGUAACAAGAUCAACUUCAGCUGAUGUAUUUAGAAGGCCAUGGACAUUUCUCGUUGCUGUUGCUCUAAUUAUCAGCUUAAGACUAGAGUUUCCAUAGUUACAAGCUGGCAAACGGUCCGUAGAGGUAUAAUUUUACCUCUGAAAUCUAAACUGAACAGUGAUUGCGAUCUCAAUUUUUUGUGACAAUCGCAACAUUCUUUAUUGGAACUUGCACCAUCAUAUGUGUAAUCUUUGCUGAAAAUAUGUCGGCUGUUUGGUAGUUAUUGAUAGAGUGAAGAGUCUAGAUUUAUUUGACCUCUGGUUUAUUGAUACGGGAAAUUGGCUUCAGUUCUUGCCGUGGUUUUUGGUUGAAUGGUUGAUAUGACAUUCCAGUUGAAAUAACUUGUAUAAGUAAUAGCACCCAGACAGUAGAGGUUGCAU